AGACCACAAGACAGCGAGGGGUGGUCCAUGGCGCGGCGGGCGCCGCCGCCCUACGCGCCCGCUGCUGCCCGGCGCCGUGGAGACCGGACCCCCGCGGCGUAGGUUUUUCCUGCGGCAGCAGCGAUGCCCGCCGCAGGCCUCAGGGAGAUCGACAAGACCCUGAGGAAGGUGGACGAGGGCAUACGAGAGUUUUCAGCACGCUACGAGCAGAACAGGGGGGCUUCUGGGCCCUCGGGCGAGCGGGAGGCCCACCGGGAGGCUCUGCGCAAGGCCCACGCGGCGCUGCAGAAGCACGGCGCCCAGAUCAAGAGGUGGACCUCGCAGGGGGACGAGUCGUGGAAGUCCGCGCGGACUCGCCUGGAGGACGCGCUGGCCAAGAUAGAGGACGCGACUCGCCGCAUGGCUGAGCUGGAGGCGGCGGAGGGCGAGGACGGCGCGAAGGCGCCGGUUGCCGCGGCGCAGCCUCUCCAGGGCGAGGCGGCCGAGGCCGAGCAGGGGGCCAACGAGCCCUCGAGCCACAAGGUCCAGGCCGACCAGCUGCUGCGGGACGCGUGCGACGACAGCGACAUGUUGGAGGAGUUUGUCUGCAAGAUCUGCCAAGUGUACGUGGUGGGCAUCCGCACGCCGGGGCCAGCGGACGCGGCCGAGGGUGGCAUGUAG